ACUCAUUGCCCGCCGACCGGUAACACCUCGCCGACCACUGAUUUGCAACAAUGGUCACCGCAGCUGAGCUCCCGGCUAUGAACAAGCCAUUUAAGAACCCCAAGUUCAUUUUCUUCACGGAUUUCGACGGCACAAUCACACUACAGGACAGCAAUGACUAUAUGACAGACAACAUCGGGUUCGGUGGUGAGAAGCGUAGGCAAGGCAACAAAGAUGUGCUCGAAGGCACCAAAUCAUUCCGGGUGUCUUUCCAGGAGAUGAUGGAUUCCAUCAGUACUCCAUUCCCGGAAUGCAUCGACUAUCUGGUGAAGAACGUCAAGCUCGAUCCCUACUUCAAUGAGUAUUUUCAGUGGGCUCUUGAGCACAACAUUCCCACCGUGGUCGUCUCAUCAGGCAUGGAGCCGGUGAUUCGAGCUAUUCUCGAGAAAUUGGUCGGACCUGACCACGAGAAGCUGGACAUCAUCAGCAACGACGCGGUGGCAAGACCCGGAAAAUCGCUGGAGGACGAGAAUGGCUGGCAAAUUCAAUUCCACGAUGAAAGUGACUUUGGCCAUGAUAAAUCCCUGACUAUCCGCCCGUACGCACAACUUCCAGCUGAUGAGCGUCCGACGCUUUUCUACGCCGGUGACGGUGUAUCCGACCUCUCUGCUGCGCGCGAAACAGACCUUCUGUUCGCCAAGAAGGGUCACGACCUCAUCAGCUACUGCGUCAAAGAGGACGUGCCCUUUACAGUAUUUUCAGAUUGGUCGGACAUCCUGAACAAGGUCAAGGAGAUUGUUUCCGGCAAAACAAAUGUCCAGGACGCCGCCAAAGAAGGCUUCGAGCUUUACAAGCAAGGUGCAGUGGGUCUCGACAAGAAAUAGGCAGGUGGAUCGGGCCUGCAUUCAUCUGAUGGGAUGAUGCCAGUCUUUGGCAGACAUUCGUUGCCAAUGAAAAGCGGAGGGGAAAUUUGUCACAUAUCAAAUAGACACAGAUACAUUCAAACAGACAUUAAACAAUGUGGAAACCCUCGC